AUGGACGGUGGCCAGGCGACAGAUAUCUUGCCAACCGCCGUGACCCUGAAGCAGGAUGGGUGCAAGUCCUACGGGUGGCAGGCUCUCACGGAUGGUGAAAAAAUGGCGUAUACCGGGACCUAUCUUGCUUUUAAGCUAGAUCUUCUCAAUAAGGAGUCUCACACAUCUGCCAUCGGCGACGUUUCAGGCCGCUCUGCCAUCAAGAUCAAUCAACUUCUUACUGACUUCUUCAGCUAUAUACUCAAAGAGGUGCAAGAUAUAAUUCAGCCUAUUCUGCUGGAGCUAUAUGGCGUCAAAUGGUAUCAGGCAAACAUCCAUCUUGUUUUGACGCAGCCUGCUGUCGGCAAUGCCGAAAGGCGCUCCAAGUACUGGACAGAUCUAAAGGAUGGUUUUAAGAGCGCUGGAUUCUCUGCUUUGAAUCAUCAGAUCAUUGGGUCCUUAGAGGAGCCAUUAGCGGCAGCUCGAUAUGUAUUACAGCGAAAGUAUGAUAGUAAUGCUAUCAACUUUAAGACAGGCGAUACAUGUAUCCUCGCUGAUGUUGGUGGAGGCACAGCUGAUGUUUGUGCCUUAUACAUCAAGGACCUUGAAACCUUUGACGUCAGCUACAUCGGUACUCGCGACUUGCGUGGCACUAUGAUUGGAGGCACGAUGCUCAACAAAUACCUUGAAGAGGCACUGAUAAACUACCUACGAAGCCACCAGCAUUUACUGCGGGAUGGCAUUAGUCCGAUUGAUGCUUCUCGCGUCCUCGCCUGGAGCUCCAAGAGUACCUUAGCCAAGAUCAAGAUUGGCACGACGCCCUACCCUGGAACCUUGUCAGAGUUUAUUAAGUUCACAUCCGAAGCACUUUUCAAGGACAGCUCAUCAAAGGAUAAAACGCUGGGCGGCCUAAGAUUCGAUCUAUCCGACCUAGCUUCAUCGAUGGACCAUCAGGUAUUUGGAAACGGCCAAGUGGGCUCGCGGGGUAUCUGGGGCUUGAUCGGAGCCACCAUCGAUAACAUAUCCGUCAGCGGCUCCAUCCAUGAGCGUCAAACUGACAAGAAGCUCGAGGAUAGAGCCAUCUCUUUCAAUACGCAAGCGACAGAAGCUGUUAAUGUCGACCACAUUAUCUUGACAGGCGGCUUCGGUGCUUCACCAUACGUGACGACGGCAAUCAACAUGGCCAUCACUCGUGACAAAGGGCUUCCCCCUGGCUUGCAAACAGGCCGACCCAAGUACGAGAAUAUCGGCACAGAUCGUGUCCGGGUCAGUGGUAAGCCACAACUUUGCGUUGUUUUGGGGCUCCUUGAUGCAUACCGUACCCAGCUCCUGGCAGAGGCCACACCUGUCAACAAAACCCGGUUCUCCUUCCACAAGUCCUGGCCUUUUAUUCAGAAGCGCUGA